CUCUGCACACCUUUUCCACUUACCAAUUAGGGCCUGCCUCACAGAAAGAGAACACACCCUGCCUGGCUCUGCAAGGAAAUUCCAGUGCGACAGAUUACAAGCAUGAAGCUGCUUGGAGCUGCCUUUCUCUCCCUGGCUGUGUUCAGCAUCUGCACCGCAAAUGUACAAGAAAAUUCAUCUAUGACUCCACCAUCCAAGAACACUCAGUGGACUCCAGCACAAGAAAAUUCAUCUAUGACUCCAACAUCCAAGAACAGUCAGUCAAAUACAGUUUCCAGUGAUUCAACCUUUACUAUCAGGAGUAGUACAAAUGUCUCAGCACAAGAAAAUUCAUCUAUGACUCCACCAUCCAAGAACAUUCAGUCAAUUACAACACAAGAAAAUUCAUCUAUGCCUCCAACAUCCAAGAACAGUCAGUCAACUACAGGAUACAGACCCCCAUUCUGUAGACAUGGUCUGUAUUGCUUGUUCCUUGCACAAGAAAAUUCAUCUAUGACUCCAACAUCCAAGAACAUUCAGUCAACUACAGUUUCCAGUGAUUCAACCAUUACUAUAAGCAGUAGUACAAAUGUCUCAGCAGGGAAAACUGAAUCACUGCCAGGGAGUUCUGUGAUGGCAGCAUCAGACUCCACUAGGAUGACGGCUGGCUCCCACUGGACAUCAACAUUAACACCAAGUCAUGGCAGUCCCGGUAGCAAUGACAAACAAGCGGAUAAUGACCAGUAUUCCGGUAUUAUUUUGCCAGUUGUGAUUGCCUUGAUAGUAAUAACCCUUUCUGUGUUCAUUCUGGUGGCUUUGAUCAGAAUGUGCCGGAGGACAACCACAGAGGGACAAGAGAAUGGAACUGAACAAGCCACAACAGAUAAAGAGGGUGUCAAACUUCUUUCUGUAAAGACAGCUUCUCCUGAGACUGGUGAACACUCCUCUCAGGGAAAGAAUAGAACUCACCAACAUGAUGAAUCCUCCUCACACCUGGGCAAUAAAUAUAUGUGAAGCUGCCUCUUUUGCCACAUUAUACAGGAACUGCCCUCUGAAGUUACAGUUCCACAGGGGACAUGUGGAUCAGCUGCAGCUUCCUACAGACAGGCAGGACAUUUGUGUUAAUUGUUCUAUGAUUAGCUCUUAAUUUCCAUACUUUAAAUGCCUCGUGUUUUCUGCUGGAAAGUCUCUUGUGUUUUCUUAAUGGCUACAUAACUGAUGCACUGUACAUAUUUAUUAUUUCUACAUAUAUUAAAGCAGAGAAACUUUCAGGAAUGAUAAAGGUAUUGUAAAAAUCUGGUGGUGUGUGACUAAUAGUGAUGUCUUUCUUGUAUAUAGAAAUGUUUUCUUCCCAUACAGGAAGGAAUAUGUUAAUAUAUUUUCUUAUAUGCUCAAUAAAUAGUCUUCUGAAAUCUCAUGUAGUAGAUGGCAAACUUGGGGCCUGAUCUUUCAAACACUAGUAUGCAAAAUUAUCAUUACCACAAGUACGUCCAUUGACUUCUGUGGGGCUACUCACAGUACUAAGCACUUCACCAGGAUGGGGCACUUGGAGAUAAUAUCAAAGUGGUUUUGUUUUUGUUUGUUUCCAUGAAGGGGGCGAUUUUACCAAUUACAUUUUACAUUAGAUUUUUUUAAAACACUGUAAAUUGCUGCACAUGGUCCUUAAAAUGCAAACUAAUUACAAACAAAUAUUAUAGGGUUUUUUGUUUUUUUUUUACUGUUCCUUGGGUAGUCACUUUGUUAUAUAUGCUGUAAGAAUAUUUCUCCAGAUUUAAUCUGCAUUAUACAGUGAGGACUCAAAAGGCAUUUACAAUACUACAGGCUGCAUUUGUCAAAGGAAUAACAACAGUGAUAGACUUUGUUUCUCAAAUUUUGAGUAAUGCAUGGAAUUCAUUAUUUAUCAACUCAGGAAAUUUAAUGAUUCCUUACAGUGAUAACUGCAGAAUAUCUCAAUUUAUAAAGCACUUAUGUAAAUAUCUAAAUAGUGCUGCUAUCUCCAUGUGUUCUGCUUUUCUAGAUAUAUAAACCUUUGGAAAUUAUAAUAAUUUGAUCAAUCUCCAUCUGUUGAUUCAAGUUUCAUUUAUUUGCCGAAAUAUGAAAAUGAGACACAGGAGUCUCAUUAGUGGUCUAAACACAGGAUUGAGAACCAAGAAUUCUAAUCCUAGUUCUUUCCACUGUGCAUUUGGGCAAGUCACUUAGCUCCUCUUUCUAGUUUUGCUGCUCUGCAAAGUGGCAACAAUAACACCUACCUACCAGUCUCACAGGGCUAUUGUGCAGAUUAAUUAGUUAAUGUUUGUACAGUACUUUGAAGAUGAAAAGUGCUCUUCCGGUGGUAGGCAUUAUCAGCUCUCUUGUUUUCUGUUUGAUGGGUCUUAUCCUGUAUCUAAGGCCUUGGCUACACUGGCAGUGUACAACGCUGCAACUUGCUGCGCUCAGGGGUGUGAAAAAACACACCCCUGAGCGCAGCGAGUACAGCGCUGUAAGGUGCCAGUGUAAUCAAAGCCUGCAGCGCUGCAAGCUAUUCCCCUCGGAGAGGUGGAGUACAUACAGCCGUGGCAGCGCUGUGAAGUCCCGAGUGUAGCCAAGGCCUAAGAGACUCAACGGAAAACUUUUCUAUGAAGCACUGUGAAAGCUGGGCACCAAGUCCACAACCAGUGUGCUACAGACUGCAGCUGAACUUUUAUGCUUAGAUAAAGCAUUCUUUGUGCUAGAUCAUCUGAGUGACUCGGGGGAGUUUGGUUGAGCAAAAGCAUCAUGAUGUCUGUACUUCCAAAAGGUGAGGCAUCUAAAACGUGCAAUUUAAGAGUUUAUAUAAAAUAUUAUACCCACUUCAGCUUCCUGACUGCUGAGGAUUCCCAAUGGAAAGAAGAAUCUAUGCCCAAGUUUUCAUGUAAAUGUAAAAUAGGUGUUUCGGCACACAUUCUUUAUAGGGCAGUUUGAAAGAGCUGAGAAAUGUGAAUGUGGAAGAUUAAUAUCAAGAUUAUGUAAGAUUUGUGCAGAAACUGUCAUUAAGUGUCCAAAUAAUGUUAAUCUUACAAUAAAACUUUGUAUCUGUA